CACCUGCGACACAAGCAGCUCUGCUCCACCCACAGCGGGACUACUACACACUUCUGAUUCUGAUUCUGACUGUCACUUGUCAGUCCACUACAAAAGUGGUUGCUGUGAUCAAGCACUGCUGUGCGACUCUCGAUUUUGCUUCGAGACCAUCACGACAUCAUGGAGGACACUUUGAUUCGGCCAAAAAUGGAGCUUUUGGAAAGGACCCCUGGAAAUGAAAGGUCAUCCGCGAAGGAGGUUUUGGAAGAAGGGGAGGGAACAGUCUGGUCCUCACUCAAGAAGGCCCUUGUCAUCAUAACCACAACUUCUGUGGUACUUCUGGCCAUGAGGAAUACUCUCACAUACCAUCUUCAGCACUUCUGGGGAGCCUCUGGCAACUUCUGGCAGCACCAGUGGGACAAAAUUCUCGAUCUCUGUGGUCACGACGAGUUUACUCUCCUUGUAUAUGGGCCAGCCAUUUUGAGUUACCUCGUCUACUGGGGGGUUGGUUCUCUCUACACUCUCCUAGACGUGACGAGCCUCCAUAAAUUUGCCAUGAAGUACAAGAUGCAGCCACACACUAAUGAACCCUUGCAGCUUCGAGAGGUACUCAAGACAUUCGCAGUCGUGAGCUUCAACCAGAUCUUCGCUGGCACUCUAUUUCUCAUUCUGGGCUUUUGGUUCCUGCAAGUGAGAGGCUACGAUCGCUCUCCCCAGCUACCAACAUUCCACUGGGUGCUCUUUGAGCUUGUCAUCUGCGUCAUAGUCAUCGAAUUCGGCUUCUACUACGCACACAGGUUAAUCCAUCAUCGUUCCCUGUACAAACACAUCCACAAGAUACACCAUGAAUGGCAGAGCCCCAUAGCCAUCUCAGCAUUGUACGUCCAUCCUGUAGAGUACACGUUCGGCAACAUGGGGCCCGUCAUGUUGGGGCCCUUGCUUCUGGGGUCCCAUCCCGCUACAAUGUGGCUCUGGUCCACACUGGCGACAAUGAACACUCUGAACGCUCACUGUGGAUAUCACCUCCCAUUCUUCCCAUCUCCGGAGGCGCAUGAUUUUCAUCACCUCAAAUUCAACCAGUGCUACGGCGUUCUGGGCAUCUUGGAUCACCUGCAUGGCACGGACAAGAUCUUCAGGGCCUCCGCCAAUUACCCGAGGCACCAGACCUUCCUUACCCUGACGCCACCUCGCAAGAUGUUCCCGGAUGCAGAUCCCGACGCCAAGGGCAUCAAGGCCAAGAGCUGCUGAGGAAACAAUCCAAGGAAAGAGGCAAAUAUGGCAGGGUGGCCAAAAAGCGGCAAGGAAAGUCAGGAUACAGUUUUUUUUAAAUCUUCGGACAUAUAGUGCUUAAUAAUGCCACACCUGGCAACUCUAGAAAGGGGGCGGAGCUUCAAAAUCAUAGCCUUUGUGGCUUUCUAGAUUUCCAUUAACUUUACACCAUAAAGAUUCUGUAGAACUCCUAUAACCAUUUAUACUUGAAUGUAGAAACAGACCAUAUUAUUCGUUAAUGCUGAUUUGGUAACAUCAGUUCAGGGUAGGAUAUCGUUCAUCCAUUUUUAAAACCUACUGUGAAAACUUACUUAUAAGUAAUGUUUGACACUAAACUUUCGUAAAAUUCAAGCGUAAUUGAAGACGGAUCAUAAAAAUUGGGAGAAAAUGUUUUAAAAUUUGGGCAUUACUUGUGGAAAUCGUGAAGAAUAAUACAGUACAGAAUGAAAUAAUAUAACGAGAGAGAGAGAGAGAGAGAGAGAGAGAGAGAGAGAGAGAGAGAGAGAGAGAGAGAGAGCGAGCCAUCAUAGGCCUAUCGAUAGAGAAACUUAAUUCAUUAUAUUUACUUUUAGAGAUUGAGUGAUAAUAUUUUUUUUCAAAUGCUUCAAAAGUGGAGAGAGAGAGAGAGAGAGAGAGAGAGAGAGAGAGAGAGAGAGAGAGGCCUAUCUUUAGAGAUACUUAAUUCAUUAUAUUUACUUUGAGAGAUUGAGUGAUAAUAUAUUUUGAAAUGUGUUUUAAAAGUGGAGAGAGAGAGAGAGAGAGAGAGAGAGAGAGAGAGAGAGAGAGAGAGAGAGAGAGAGAGCAAAAUCUGCUUACGUGAAAGCACAGGCCUAUUUAUAACUACUUAAUUUCAUUAUAUUUUCUUUGGUAGAUUGAGUGGUAAUAUAUAUUAUUAAAGUAAGUUUUAGAAGUGGAGAGAGAGAGAGAGAGAGAGAGAGAGAGAGAGAAUUAUAGUAUUGAUGACGGAAUUGUGAUGGGAAAAGGCAGAAGAAAGAGAGGUGAGUCGGUGCACAGAUACCUGGGAAACAGGAUGAUAUGUCUGCCAAGAUCGUGCUGCACUAUGCUAGAUAAAAUUUGAAGGAUCAUAGCAUUCAAGUUAAUUCUCUAAGAAAUUCAUAUCCUAAUUCUGAUUUCAAUCGACAGUUGCCGUAACAUUACAUGAUUGAAAAAAGACGUGGAAAAUUUUAAACACAGGCUAGGGUCAUUCUUGCUCUCUUGAUAAAGUGUACUUUUUCAAAUCGGUUUCAUCCACAUAUUCACGAAAAAAAAGCUGUGUUAAGUAAAAAUAUUCAUUGCACAGACAAUUGAAGUUUUAUAUCGAGCAAAAAAUGCUGAUGUGUUGGGAGAUCUUUGAGCCUCGGGGCAAAGUAAUGCAGCCUUGUAGGCUAACUAAGAACUGGAUUGUAAUGGGAGCAUUACCAGAAAAUCUUUGAGCUCACAUGCUACUUUAACCUUGAUGAAGAUUUAUUUUUAAAGACAGUAGCUUUGUAAACAGCAACUAGCAUUCGAUCCAUGUCAAUGUCAAAGUACUUAAAGUGUGAAAUCCGUUGCGUAAGCCAGUAUCCAAUGACUUGCGCUUUCCCGCUCGACGUUCUGGGACUCCUCCUAAGGCCGGUCAAUAGAGGGUCGAACCCGAAACUAAUUACUAUAAAGCUGGAAUCAAUCUUAAAGUGUUCGUUCAUAUGUACAUAUUUCCAGAAAAAAACCCACCGGCCAACUCCUUAGCGUUUUACAAAAUUUGAUCCUGAAGUUAACAUCUUUAUACGUAAAAAGCUACUCGAAAUGCAGAUUUUGAGUGAAUGGUAACUUCAGCAAUGGUUAUUUUUUAGAUAUAACUCAGUUCAUUUUCAAUUAAAGGACUUUUUUAGACCAAGAGAUUAAAAAUUACAUUAGAUUUUGCAAUUUAUGGGUCUAUUUUUCUUGUAAGGGCCCAAAAAAUAAAAUAUAAGAUAACA